GCGGAGCGGACCGAAGCAGAUCCGGGAGUUCCGCUUGCGCCGCGUGCUCCGGGAACGACUCCUUCAGGAGGCCUCGGUUAUGCAGGGAUAAGAGCAGCCCGCUUCUGCUAGAUGGAGAACAAUGGAAUGAAGUUUUUAAUGCACCUUGAUAUGGCGACGCCCAUCAUCCGUCUUCAAAACCCCACUGCUCCAGAGGAUCGUCAACAGGCCCUAUUGGUGCCGACGAAUGAGGCCUGUGCCUACAGAGACAGACAGAAGACUUUUCCUCUCCCCCCUGCACAGCUGCUGAAUGAGUCCACUGCCCUAGCCCAUGCUGAAAGAGCACUUCAUGCUGAAGGGAUCCCUGCGCCGUCACGACAGCAGUGCCUGGGGAAGCUGGUCCUGCCAUUUGGCCAGUAUCUAAAUGCCCCGUUUCACUGGCUUGUGGCAAACGAUGUGGGCUACACGAAGUGUUUGGUUGACAAGCACAGAGAAGAACUCUCUGACAAACCUGGAAAGGGAAAGAUCCAACAUCACUGGAUAAAAGACUACCUGGCAGAGUACGCAGAGAGCUUUCCACAAGUCUCAAUUGUCCUGGAGGCCAAUGUCCACCAAUGCAUCUAUGGACAGAAAGGGUUCAAGUUCCAUACCUUUCAGGAGAUGUGGGAGCUCUACAGCCAGUAUUCUGCCCAGAAGGACAGGCCAGAGGAUUUUAGUAUGAUCCAAAAAGCAUACAGCUCUGUAAGCCAGUGGCUCCACACGCCUGUGACCCAUAUUGCCUGCGUGCAGAUGAAAAGGUUUAGGAAGUACAUUUAUGACAAGAAAGAUGAAAUAUCAAGCUCUUCCAUCAGUGACCCCUCAUGGCUGGAUGACACUCACUUAUUAGAAGGGAUCAAAGCAGAGUCCAAAGCUUUCACAGCAUCAUCCACAGCCAUCAACACACCAGCAUCCUCAUCCACGGCCAUCUACACGCAAGCAUCCUCAUCCGCGGCCAUCGACAUGCCAGCAUCCUCAUCCACGGCCAUCGACACGCCAGCAUCCUCAUCCGCGGCCAUCGACACGCCAGCAUCCUCAUCUGCGGCCAUCGACACGCCAGCAUCCUCAUCUACGGCCAUCGACACGCCAGCAUCCUCAUCUACGGCCAUCGACACGCCAGCAUCCUCAUCUGCGGCCAUCGACACGCCAGCAUCCUCAUCUGUGGCCAUCGACACGCCAGCAUCCUCAUCCACGGCCAUCUACACGCCAGCAUCCUCAUCUGUGGCCAUCGACACGCCAGCAUCCUCAUCCCCGGCCAUCGACACGCCAGCAUCCUCAUGUACGGCCAUCGACACGCCAGCAUCCUCAUCUGUGGCCAUCGACACACCAUCAUCUUCAUCCACGGCCAUCGACAUGCCAGCAUCCUCAUCCACGGCCAUCGACACGCCAGCAUCCUCAUCCACGGCCAUCGACACGCCAGCAUCCUCAUCCACGGCCAUCUACACACAAGCAUCCUCAUCCACGGCCAUCGACACGCCAGCAUCCUCAUCUUCGGCCAUCGACACGCCAGCAUCCUCAUCUACGGCCAUCUACACACAAGCAUCCUCAUCCACAGCCAUCGACACGCCAGCAUCCUCAUCCACAGCCAUCGACACGCCAGCAUCCUCAUCCACGGCCAUCUACACGCCAGCAUCCUCAUCCACGGCAGCAUCCUCAUCCACGGCCAUCGACACGCCAGCAUCCUCAUCCACAGCAGCAUUCUUAUCCACGACCAUCGACACGCCAGCAUCCUCAUCCACAGCAGCAUCCUCAUCCACGGCCAUCGACACGAUAGCAGCCUCAACCAUGCCAGCAUCCUCAUGUACGGCCAUCGACACGCCAGCAUCCUCAACUACGGCCAUCUACACACCAGCAUCCUCAACUACAGCCAUCUACACACCAGCAUCCACAACUACAGCCAUCUACACACCAGCAUCUUCAUCCACAGCCAUCUACACGCCAGCAUCUUCAUCCACAGCCAUCUACACGCCAGCAUCCUCAUCCACGGCCAUCGACACGCCAGCAUCAUCAACUAUGGCCAUCUACACGCCAGAGUCCUCAUCGACGGCCAUCGACACGCAAGCAUCCUCAUCCACGGCCAUCUACACGCCAGCAUCAUCAACUAUGGCCAUCUACUCGCCAGAGUCCUCAUCCUCGGCCAUCGACACGCAAGCAUUUUCAUCCACGGCCAUCUACACACAAGCAUCCUCAUCCACGGCCAUCUACACGCAAGCAUCCUCAUCCACGGCCAACUACACGCAAGCAUCCUCAUCCAUGGCCAUCUACACGCCAACGUCCUCAUCCUCGGCCAUCGACACACAAGCAUCCUCAUCCUCGGCCAUCGACACGCAAGCAUUUUCAUCCACGGCCAUCUACACGCAAGCAUCCUCAUCCAUGGCCAUCUACACGCCAACAUCCUUAUCCACGGCCAUCUACACGCCAGCAUCCUCAUCCACGGCCAUCUACACACCACCGUCCUCAUCCACGGCCAUAUACACACCACCGUCCUCAUCCACGGCCAUAUACACACCAGUGUCCUCAUCCACGGCCAUCUACACGCCAGCGUCCUCAUCCACGGCCAUCUACACACCAUCGUCCUCAUCCACGGCCAUAUACACGCCAACAUCUUCAUCCACAGCCAUCUACACGCCAGCAGCAUCAGCCACAUACACACAGGCAUCAAAGAAGUCCUCAUCCACAGCCAUAAGUCACUAUUCCUCUGCAGAACCAUGUGACUCCCCAGUCGAGCUGGAGGGUUGGGUGCAACUGUGGGAAAAUUCCAACGGUAUCCCACCAGCUGACCUCUCCUGGUUGAAGGACGACACCGAGCGAGGACUCUUUGGCCCCACUCAGGUGUAUCGUGACAACACCGGUGUACUGAAGAGGAGUAGAGUACUAAAAUCUGACCGGAUGUGGUUUUACCCUCCAGAACCUCCAGGCUACAUUAGUGGUCCUCUGCCAACUCCACAUCUCUUUUUUCGAAGUCGCGUCUUUGUGUGGCAGCCUGUUGGAGUAUGGAAAUACUUACUGAAGUGUCCUCGGGAUGCAGAAUGUGUGGGUCAAGGAAAGGCUGUGUACCUCUACAAGUCGGGCUACCACACCAGGGUUUGUCAUAUUUGUGAUGUAUCCAGCUGGUAUUGUAUGCUGACGGAGGUCCUGUGCUGUGGCCAUUGCAGCAAAGCAGGUCGUGGCAGUGGCAACGUGGGGCAUUGGUUGGCAUGGGAUCCUGCUAUCCUGUGCCAACUCAGUGAGGCUCACCAAGCCAUGUUCCCUGCUGUCCUCACAGACACGCGUGGUGUGGACAAAAACGUGGUGUGCCUUCUGCGGGACUGGACUGAAGGGAACACCAUGGUGAAGGUGUGGCAACAAAUCCAGGAGAAUCACUUUGAGGAGUAUCUCCACAGGAAAGACCUGUACACCACACUCCUCAUGACUAUUACGAAGCCUGGGGGGAUUGUGUCAGCCUUAGGACACAAGUUUGAGGCUCCACCCCCUCCAAGAGAACUGCCCUCUGCUCGUCUUCUUCGUCAUGCCUCCCUGCUGGCAGAGGCCAACAACGUACAGGACUACAGGAACCAGAUUCUCUCCACUUUUGGCACAGUGCUAAAAAUGGACUCCACUAAAAAGGUGGUGAAGAAGCUGUCUGGGGAGGGUAAAGGCUCAGCUGAGUGGUUUACCAGUAUAGGCAAUGAGAAUUCCCAUAUUGUCUCGUUUGUUCUCACGUGUGAGGAGUCCAUCGAGUGCCUGGAGCCCAUGUGUCGUGGAGUAAUGGACAGGUUCCAGCAGGCCAAUCAACCUGUGCCUAAAAUCCUGUACGUUGACCGUGGGUGUUGCUGUGCACAAGGCCGAGCUGCCAUGGAGACCUUGUUCCUAGAUUGGGUAGAUAAUGGUAUGGUCGUGCGUCUGGACAUAUCUCAUUGGAUCCAUCGUUUUGAUGAGGCCAUUUGCACUGACAGCCAUUCUAAGUAUGCGGUGUUCAAGUCUGCCCUAGCAGGAGCGGUGCUGGCAUACAAUCGCACUGACUUAGAGCUGCUCACCAAAGCUAUCAAAGCAAAGGACCCAGGAACUUUUAACUCUGUCACUGAUGAAGAUAUGGUGCGACUCUAUGUGACAAAAGAACAACUGAAGCACCACGUCCGCAGAGUUACACUUGGGGCUCAGGAGACCUUUCGGCUAGUCCAGAUAGCCAUUGAUGAGCUCAAAGGUCCUGCUGGGCUAGACGAAAGUGGAGUCAGCCUCUUCAAGUCACCAGAGGCCAUAGACAAUGUGUGGAAAAGCCAGCAGCGACACUUAGAGUGCAUUCAGGAUCCUCCGGACGUGAAUAUGUACAGAUUGGCUCGAACCACUACCAUCAAUGGCAUCGACGUCCCUUAUUACAAAUGUCUCCGUGGAAGCAACAUCCUGGAGGGAUUCCACAAGGCUUUGCCCAACAUGAUUCCAGGUUCCCACUGUGCAGCACGUCCAUGUCAGGUUUACCUGAUUAGCGGAAUCGCUCGCUGGAAUUCAGGUUGCAGUUCUGAUUCUGUGUUUGGUGGCAAAGGUCGACGCCACAGAGCGUACUCGGCCCCUCUGAUUGAGCGCCUCAAGACCCGAUGUCAGCAGCUGUUUGGAGAGACUGUAGAGGAGAAUAUCCACACACCUGCUAAUGUGACGUCCAAUGAGUUGCUUGGUUUGGAAUACCUCUUCAGCCAAAGAACAGGAGAAUCUGGCCCUUUCUCCCUCAGGGAUCUCUGCAAGGAUGGACCCAGUCCAGAGGAAGAGGUGAUCCAGCCUGGCCAGUCUGACCCAGAUGAAGACGAUGAGGUGUACCAGAGUGACCCAGAGGCGGAUAACGACAUAGUGUCUGUCAUCCCAGCCCACAUCAACCUUACUGCUGACGAGACCACUACAGCUCACUCUCCAGCCUUUGAGGAUGGUUGUAGUUCCAACCCCCUUCCUGGCUUCCGACAGCUGGAAGACUUCUGUUCCCUGCUGGUGGAGGUUGGUCUGACUGAGGACAAGCCGAGCCUAACUACAGAACAGAGGAACAGGCUCAUCGAAGCAUGGAGUGCUGUAGAGGAACACGACAAACAACCUCCGAAGUUUCACCAGCUCUACAAAACACACUGGGGUAAUGCGCUUUAUUGUCGCACAAAGAGAGACGAUCUUGCACUGGCCCAGCAAGACAUCAGUUCUCAGCACGGCAGGCUGAUGUACACACUAGUGAAACUUCUCUGGUUGGGGUCACUGCACAGUACUCCGGCAAGCCCUGUGAAAACAACCAUCGCGAAAGCAUAUGAGAGACUUCAGCAUCGCGUAUUAGUAGAGGACCCAGUUCUGAGCAAACUGGGAAUACCUUUGCCAAAAAUCGACACCAAGACAGUCUGUGAUUUUAUCCGGCGUCAAGAGAGACUCGUCAACCUACGGUCGACUAAACUGCCAUCUGCUACCGUGCUGAAGACCAUGUUACUCUCUUCAAAAGAGCUGCCUCUAGCUCCAUGCCAGCCGUCCGUUCUCCCUCCACCUGACCUCCCACAGAUAAAGUUUGAACACAAAGCAGGGACCAAGGUUUUAAAAGAAAGGACAGACACUGCGAUGCCAGUUCCAAGGGCUCUGCUGCCAUUACAACACAGUGAGUCUGUGCCAAUUCCCCACUUACUACUGCCGGUCAGAGUAUCUCGUGUGGCUGAAAGGAAAACGCCAGUCACUUCCAAAAUCGUCAGACCUCUAGCUAAAAUCGCUUCAUCUGCCACACGAGUGAUCCCAGCUACUUCAACCCACACAACACCAGUGACCGUGUCCACCAGCCAAACCGACACAUCACAGAGUAUUGACAGCCGUUCAGCCUGGGCCAGGGCUACAUGGUAUAAACGGAAACAUACAGACAAUCUUACAAAUGUUGAAAUCAAGAAGUCACGUGUGCAAAAAUUGCCUGUUUGCACUCUAUGCAGCCAACCGACUCAGGGACACAAAAAAUACAAGAAGAAGACUUUUUGCCCUGUGAAAAUGAUGUCGACCUCAAAAGGACUUUGCAGCAGAGUGUACUCCAGUUUCGAACAUUUUACCUCAGUUGUAGACUCACGCCAGAAAACUUAAGUAUUUUAUUUUAUUUUUUAAAAAAAGGAAGUUACAGUGUUUACACUGAAAAUAGUUUUUUUUAUUGAUUACUGCAUUUAUACUCUUAUCUGAUAUGUUCCAUUUUUGGUAACUACAUAGUGAUCUGUUGUAGUGACAUACAGUACAUUUAAAACUAUUUCUGUUUUAACAAAUGACUGUGAUUUGGUCCACACUCACCAGCGCUGAGAAAAGUAACUUGUGCCAUGUGACAUCCCGCUAUAUCUUCAAAAACUUUGAAUUGCUGAUGAACUAUUUCUAACUGUGCUGAGUUCUUAUUUAACUAUUAAAGGGGUCAAGAACUGAGAAACCAAAGAGAAACCAAAGUCAGACCAUCGAGAGAGCAACAGUACACAAGUGCUGUGAUAAGUCUCAGUUAGUCUCACACAGGACAGAAAAUAGCUUAUUACUUCUAAAUUGUUUUUUUGCUAUAAAAACAUUAAAACAUUUUAGUAAACAACUAUUUUAGAUGAUUAAAUGGAUUCUAAAUAAUAUGGUCUAUGAAGAAAAAUUUGUACUAAAUUAUGACAAAAUUACGAAAAUAUAUAAUGCAUGAAUAUUUUGGACCGUACACCACUGGGUGGUGCUAUAGAAUGAGUCCACUUCUGUGAAGUAGUAGGUGAAGUUUGGGAAAUUAGUAUUGGGUUGGUGUCUUUUUCAAAAUUACUUGGGCUUUGUAUAUUAAAGACACAUUUCUGCAUUUUAGUUUUACAAAGAUGUCUUUUAUUUAGAGACAGGACUAGAUAUACAUGUCAAACAUUUAAGCCAAAGUACAGCAAUAACACCACCACUGAGGCUUUUUUGCAGCAGUAUAUUAAUAGUCAGCUAGUAUAAAGUCACAGAUCUGUAUCAACCAGCUUCUUAAAAUCAAGCUUUUAUUAGAAAUGAUGCUGUCAGAGGCAGAACAGUACUUGACUUUACUGUGACCUGAGCUAUAGGGACUAACUGGGAAGACCGAGACAAUUCCCUGAUAUCACAUGGUUAAAAAACCCCCUAUAUAAAAAAACCAACAACCACACCAAUUAAAAAAAAAAAUCCUCACAAAAAAAAACAUCAAUUUAAACCUAAAAAAACAAACAACAACAACAAAAACCAAUACUUUAUGCAUACAUUUGCUCAAUCAGCAAAUAUUACAGGACAAAAAAAAAAAGAAAUCUUGGGAACACUGUGAACUUGACUAUGGAUUAUAAUGACACUUGAUUUUUACUCUGAAGUGAAUUUCAUUCAUCCAUGCCAUAACACUUCAUACAGUUUCUUACAAUUUGGAUCUAAGGCACUAGAAGAGACAAAUCAGAAUAGCAUACUACGUAUUGUAUACUGCAGAAAUAGUAUCCAUAUGACCACUACAUUUGCGAUUUACACCAGCACACUGUGUUUCCAGUGUGACUACAGUAGGAUUCGUUAUGUAGUAAGCUACUGAACUCAAGUGUACUAACAAGUGACCGAGACAGAGGAUGAAUUCAGUACAAAGUACAGCAAAAACAAAUUUUUUGCUACAUAUUUACACAUCAAACCACAUUAAUGUAAGCAUCUGAACUUGUGAAAAUAAUAGUUGGAAACACAAAACAAGAAUGUAAAUUGCAGCAUGCAAAUGUAUUUACUAAUUUCUGAAAAUGACAGUAUGAAACAGGGAGUGCAUUUUACAACAGCAAUGGAGAGAGAAAAUCUCGCUGGUUUUACAAACCAUUUGGCUUGACUUGUGUCACAGACAGUUGUCGAUGAUCGAUAUCAUCAGUACCUCUAUUCUUUACCUGAGACCUCAUGGAGCACAGUACAGUAAGCAGGAGAGGAUCCCAAACACCCCGAGACGAGACGGUGAUCAAAAACUGA